AGUCGAUUUCGACGGCCGUGCGCGGGCUGACCGGCCGGGGAGGCGUGGACGGUGGUCGUGGGAGUUUUGUCUCCGUGAGGGCGGGCGUGUUAUCCGUGACAGCACUGGGAAAGACACGGACACCGGUGAGGAUAGAAAGGCAAAUGCAAGAUUAUAGUUUGGUAAACAAAUCUGGUAUUUGCAGUGCAAUAUUUUGUACAUCAUAGGACGCAUUGAGAGGAACUCAGAAGCAGCAGGUUGUCCAUAUAGCUGUGGAUUUAACUCCUUGUUUUAGUGAUCUCAACAGCAAGACAAGAGCAAAGCCGACAAACGUAAAUAUAGCAUAGAAAGCGAAUUUGUCGACGAUCAACGGAACGGGCUCGUCGAAGUCAUCAGUGACGUAUCGGAGGGACGGAGACCUCUCCGCACCAGCCAGGGGGCGGCACAGCCCGGUGCACGAGACGUCAGUCCCGUCCGCUGGAGACUGGUGAAAGGAAGUGAGCGACGGAGCGACACCAGGCGGAACGGCUCGAGAUGAGAGUGUGAUAUCGAGAUAGAAGCGGAAACGGAGAGGUGAAGUCGUGUGUCGACGUCAAAGACCGCUUUCCAGCGAACAAGAAAGCAUGGCAGUGCGACGAUUGGUGAUUUAAAAACUAUUCCCGUGCUUUGACUUGUGCGCCGACAUCAAAGGCACCCUCCACCUUCCAAGUGGUGAGAACAUAGUGAUAAGUGCAUCAACCGUGCCCUGCGGAGCUUUCGGAAGCGACAGCUCACAUUUCUGUGAUGCACCCCUUCUGCUGAGCUCAGGCUCUGACAGUCGGUCACCAGAGCGCUCGAUUCAUCGAUCAAACCCGCUCCGGUGUCACCCAGUGGCCCGGUCCGGGCCGGGCCGGCUGCGCGGCGGCUGCUGUCAGACAGCUGUGCUGAGCUAACAGUAGCGAUCGGACACUCCCGGCACCAUGUCGACAACCCCGGCGGAGAGUGUGGAGGGCCUGGUGCGCGCGCUGGGCGACCCCGGCCGGUACCAGGUGCUAGUGAUGGUGCUGCUAUGCUUCAACUACGUGCCAGUCUCAGUGAACCACCUGCUGAUGGCGUUCCACGGCUUCGCGCCCGAGCACAACUGCAGGCUCCCAGACCAGUGGCCACGGAAUGUGAGCCUGCCGACGGUGGCGCCGACUAUCGGUGACCCGCGAUACCAGAGCUGCAGCAUGUAUGUCGACCCGGCCAACCACAGCUGGGGCACCAAGGACUGCAUCUACGGCUACGAGUUCCACGUCGAGGGUCUCGAGUGGACCGUGGUCUCCGAGUGGGGUCUGGUGUGUGACCGGAAGUACCUCGUGUCCAUCAUCACGACACUCUAUUUUGUGGGCGUCAUGGUCGGAGGACUCGUGUUCGGAGCACUAGCAGACAGGUUCGGUCGGCAGCCCAUGAUGCUGCUCUGUCUGUACGUCCAACUAAUCCUGGGAGCCGGCCUGUUCUUCGUCCGUCGCCUGAUCAUCUUCAUCGCUGUUCGAGUGCUGCAAGGAUUCUUUGUUCAGGGUCUGCAGACCACCACAUACUCAAUGGUGAUGGAGCUGUUCCCGCCGCACCACCGCACGCUGGCCGGAGUGGCAGCCGAGGUGUUCUGGGCCAUCGGGCUGAUCCUGCUCGCGGUCUGCUGCUACUUCGUCCAGCACUGGCGGCACGUCCAGCUGGCCAUCAGCAUCCCGACGCUGGUCACCCUGCUCUACAUCUGGCUGAUCCCCGAGUCACUACGCUGGCUCAUCUCGCGCGGCCGGUCGCGGCGGGCGCGGGCCGUGGCAGAGCGGAUCGCCUACUACAACGGCCUCCGGCUCAGCCCCGAGCUGCUCCUGCAGCUGGAGAAGCUCUGCAGCUCGGUCGGAGCUCACUCAGCCAAAGGUGUUGAUAUUACCGACCUGUUCCGAACGCCCGCCAUCAGACGAAACUCGUUCGUGCUCUUCAUUGCGUGGUUCACCAUCUCACUAGCCUACUACGGCAUCUCCCUCAACAUCGCCGACCUCAGCGGCAACCGCUUCUUCAACUUUAUGCUGGGCGGCGCGCUGGAGCUGGUGGCGUUCCUGCUGACCUACGUGAGCCUGCGGGCGGUGGGCCGGCGGGCCUGCCUGGUCAGCUACCUGUUUCUCAGCGGGGCACUGCUCAUCGGCACAGUGGCCACAGAAAAACUGCUGCACACGGAGCUGAUCUCCGUGCCGACGCUGGUGACCAGUCUGGCGCUGCUCGGUAAGGCCGCCGUCGUCAGCUGUUUCUGUGCCGUCUUCCUGGUGACAUCAGAGGCGUUCCCGACCGUGAUUCGCUCGCUGGCCAUGGGCGCCUGCGUCUGCUGGGCCCGCGCCGGCAGCCUGGUGGCGCCUCAGGUGCUGCGACUGGCCGACAUCUCCUACAGCUGGAUGCCGUUCCUGGUGUUCGGCUGUCUGGCUCUCCUCUGUGGCUUUCUGGGCCUGCUACUGCCCGAGACCGGUCGGCGGGCGUUGCCAGACACCAUCCAGCAGGCCGAGCGGAGCCGAAAACACGACCAGGACGACAUCAUCAGCGACGUCGGGUACGGCGCCUCGCCGAGGUGGAUCGUCCAGGACGGACUCAUUGUCAGCCGGCCGGCCGACGGCAGUGUGAGGGCAUCACCGGAGCGGGUGCCGCACUGGGCGGCGUCAGAGACAUCUACCGACGACGACGAAAAGUUCUCGUACCCGCCGCGGUCGAUAGAUGACAGCUCGCUACUGAGGUUUGUAGGUGACAAGACUGUCGUGCAUAGCUCCAACAGUCACGGUGACUUCAAACAGCAUGUAGUGCUGUGUGAUAUUGACGAGACUAGACUGUGACGUUACACACGACUCUGAACGCCGUGCGCCAGUAUGCGAGUUAGGCCGUGUUCCCUAGAGCUUUUGUACGCAGGUCGUGUUUGUGACGAGCGCCGCGCCGCGCCGCCGUGUACCGCCGUUGCUGUUUCGUUUUGCAUGUACCGCGCUAACCUGUCACUCACUAAGCGUGGGCCAUUGUCAGUCAGUCAGUGACGUAUUCUGUGUAUUAUCCGAUGAUUGUGUGAUAUAUAUGCGAGCACACGCG